AUGACAAUGGGGAUCCGAAAAAUGCCAGAAGAAGACUGGCUCGUCAUCGACAACAAGUAUGAAGAAGAACAAAGCCUCAAAAGAUUUCUUCUCAAAAACCAACGUGAUGGGGUUAUGCAAGUUCUUCCAUGCGCAGAGGAGGCAUGUGAGGAGGCACUCGAUUGCAUCGUCAACUUUUUGAUCAAGCGUUAUCCAUCCCAGUUUCAAUACCCAAAAGGAAAGCAAGGUUAUAUCUACAACGGGAUAACGAAUCGGACCUUCAAAGUUACCAAACCUUACGAGCAACAUCCCCUAGAAGUCGCAGCUCAGUUGGCGAUGGAAGAUAUCAACUUGUUGAUCGAAGGAUCAGGACAAGAUGCUCGGAAUUACUACUUACAAGCCAGCUUCUCAAUGGCUCCAGCAGGGUGGUAUAUCUCCGAGCGCAUAGGAUGGCCAUUGUGGGAGAUACACGGCCCAGUACCAAUUUGGGAUGUGAAACUGAGAACUGCGAUGGAGAAGUUCUUCCUUGGCUUGAAGGUCUCCAGUCCUGUGCAACGAAACAAUUACUUUAUCCAAACAAACGAUACUAUGUUCCAACAAGAACCUUUUGCAGACUCACUCCCCACUCCGCCAAGGAUCGAAGACCUCCGUAUCAGAUACGAAAGGCAAACGCUGCGGAGACUUCCGCGGACUCGGGCUGUCAUGUUCUUAGUUCGAACCUAUUUGAUACCAAUGACCGAUUUGCGUGACGAGAAGGAUAGCAUUUACUGUUUGCGCUCAGCCAUAGAAGCGUGGCCAGAGGAAAUUGCAAAGUACAAGGGGAGACAUGUGUGGGCGGCGGUGUUCCGAUUUUGCCCUAUCGGAUCGCCUCCAUUGGUGACGCAGACGGGAGACGACCCGACAGCUUGGAACCGGCUUCCAAUCACAAAUUUCACAGUACCGCUUUGGCGCUCUGGAGACAAAAGCAGGCUCAAGUCGUCCAGUAGUGAUGGAAGAUGCCUGGUCGGAGAAAGUUGA